ACUUAUCUAGUUUUUUUUUUAACUCAGUUAUGGUUUUGGCCUCACACCACCCACUAGCAAAGAGUUCCACAGGUUGGCUAUGAGUUGUGAUCAGCAAAGUAUGUGUUCAAAAACCAACAGCUCUUUAUACCACCGUGUAUUUCUGUUCCAGCUCUGCCAAUCCAAAGCAACCAACGAGAAUUCCCUUUGUGCUACAGGACUCAAAUGCAGUCCAGUUAGGAACUCCCCAAAAUAUAACCUACCCAGACCAAUUAAGAUCACAUUCUAGUUACCUGCCAGGUUUGCACAAAUAUAUCAACACCCCAUUUAGCAUCGCCUCCCUUGUAGCCUCUUGUUGCAAGCCUCAUGAGUCUUUUAUUUUUGUAGCUUUUUCCUUCUUGGGAUAGAUUCUAGAGAACUUGAAAGCCAGGAGCAGGGUGUGGAAAAAAGAGACGAAAAGGCGUUAGGUAGAAAGUGCCUCUGUGAGAGAGAUUCGCAGCUGUAACGCUGCCGCUAACAUCCGUUUUGCAUCAUGCAAAGGGCAAACUGUUUUUAGUUCUAAUUUGACACCGAGCACAAACUUAACUGCUGCUCCAGUCCGCUAUGGACUCAGAUGCAAAGCAUUAGUUAUAAUGAUGUCAAGGCCUAGAGAGCUGGGGAAGAAUAACGUGGGGCGAUAUAGGUUAAAGUGGGCAAACUGGGGUGCCUAAAGCUAAACACCUUUAAACAUCAGAUCGCUUUGAUUGGGGUGCCCUAACUUUAAGCCCCCAAGUCUGAAGAUUUUGGCUAUGGACCAUUUUAAUAACUUGCAGGGGGUACUGUCUGGGGGAGACGCUCCAGAUAUCACACCCCGGUCUUUGCUCCCUUCUCCUGACCAGGAAAGCUGCUAAUCUGCGUCCCCUCUAUGCUGCCAAGUGUGUCUCUCUGCUAUGACAGUCUCCCUCUGUCCUGCUGCCUUUAAGGGACACGAGUCCCGGCUUUAGGGAAGCGAAAGUACAUCCAGGAGUCUCUGAAGAGCCCGGGACAUGUAUAGAUUCCUGUGCCCAGCCUGCAGAAAGAAAGUUCCCCACGUAGCUUCUCGACCACUCGCUCCCAGCCCCGGACUGUGGCAAUCAGAGUCAUUAGAGCGGCUCGGAUUACAGACACACCGAUGGCUGCUCAUGUCAGGGGGUCAGGGCAUCAGAAGAGGGUAACGCACCCAGGCAGCGAAUGAGCUGUUAGGACCCUCCGAUUGGUGGGUUUCAAACCGAGACGAACGUCUCUGCUUUGCCUCCCGGGGGACUUUCUAGCAGCGAUGCACAAAAAAAGGAGGCAACAAACCUCUUUGCCAUGUGAGCCUGUGUCUGUAUCCCGGGCCCACCGCCAUCUACGGGGACUAUUUAUUAUUUUAAUAUUUCUUGCUUGGAUUUCUCAAGGAGACGCACUAGAGCCUGUGAGAAUUUAAAUAAAGCCUCCGGGGGGAAGGCGACGUUAAACGUUGAUCUCCCGUUUAAAAUCUCCACUGCGGAUGUCGAUAAGGUGUCAGAUGAGUGAACGCAGCUGGGCUCCAACACUGAUCCACAGAGCCCCCUUUACAAGGAGGUUUUAUGUGAAAUAAUGUUUAACGAAGAGAUGCUUAGGAGAAUUGAUUUCUAAACUGAGCCAAGGGCCAGGGUUUUUCCGCACACGCUGGAGGUGGACAAUCAAACAGCCCCUGGGAGUGCAAGGCGCUUGCUAAUAUGGGUCGCCCCAUGGAAUGUGAUAAUUGAUAUCAAAUAAAAGUGUUUGCAGUUUAUUGACUCUCUGAAAUGUGCCGUGUUAAUAGGUUCGAUUUAUUUCCCUCUGGUUUAGUGCUACGAAGUAAUGCCUGAAAUCAAGGAGUCACAAUCCUAUUAAUAAGCAGACUCUGUGGAAGCGAGGUCCCAAUCUAGAACAACAAAUGAGAACAUCAGAAUUGAAAUCCACUUUAAAAAAAUAAUUUGGAAAUCCAAAGCAAGACGAUUUCUUACUCCAGCUGUUAAUCUGACCCCCUGCUGGAUUCAUCUGAAAAUGCAGAAAUCAAAUCAGGUUUCUUCACCGCUUCUGAUCUCCUGCCGGGCACCUGGGGGAUAACCCCAAGGGAAUUCCCAGCUAGCCUUUUGAAAAGUUGUGUGAUGUUUAUGAUGCAAUAAGGGCCCGAUCCUGCACCCAGACAAAAGUCCCAUUCAAGUCAAUAGUUUUACCUGGGCAAGGUGUACAGAAUCGGGACCCUGUUUUCUAACGGCACCCUUAAUUUUCCGGAUUACUUUUAGAAGUUACCAGUGGAGGCCAAAUCCUGCUGGCUCCACUCAAACGAGGGCUCGCAUUAAAAGUUGAUUGGCCCUCGGUAUGGGCUCGAUGCAAAGCCCAGGGAAGUCACUCGAGUUUGGAUCAGACCCUACAGGAGACGUGGCCCGCGUUUCCUUCUGAGCACAUUUUGCUCCCAGAAGAGAAGCCAGGCAAAGAGCCUCUAAUCAGAACAGAAACUCGUGACUCAGAUCUGCCUUUACACAGCUUCCUAAAAAUGCCCCGGCUCGUAUGUUAGUCAGUUUCCAGGGUCAUCUCUUGCCAUCGGUUUGUAGCAGAUCCCCGCGCCCCACCACUGACUGCUUUAAAAACUGGGGACACACCAGGGCCCUAAGCAUCUGUCCUUUUCACCCACAAAGAGACUAGUGAGCUGAUUGUUAAUAUUUCACAACAUUAGAUGCCACGCUUAGUGGUGGUCUGUUCUUCGGCCUCAUUAAAAAGCUGACACCUCUUUCUGAAUCCGACUCAGCCAGUACCUUUGAUUCAAAUCGUUACAUCAGUCAAUAAAAAAAAAAAACAACAAAAAAACCCCAACCUGAACGUUUAUACAAAAAAGAGCAUCACAAAUGCCUAAUGUAAUCACCGGCCAGCUGUGUGCACUUGUAAAGUUGUUAUAAUCCCCCUCCUUGGUAUAAACAGGAAAGUACAUAAUAUAAAGCAACAGGCCUGCAUUCACAAAUACUAAACCUCCCCCUCAUGCCUGCCAAGUUCGCCUUUUAUGGAGCGCGGUUGCUCCUUGCAAUCCCACUGUGACCCCCAAAAUAAUAAUCAAACUCCCCUUCGAUUUUGGCUCCUCGAAAAAGAAGGAUUGUUUAAGUCGCGUCCCCCUGCAUGCACACUGCACUAGCCUCAGGCCUGAGGUCCGAAGACAGAAUUCCCUCCUGCUGGAUUUCACUAGCAACGGGGGGACUCUCCUCACCCUUGAGGCUAGAGAGACUAUAUUAGCAUCACUCGGUACAAGCAGCCUGGUCAAAUGGCAGCAGACACUACCAGCGCAUACACCUGGUUGGAUCGCUUCCCUAGUCUUUUGCUUCAACUGUCUUCAGACCAUGUCCUUUCUACUGGACCGUUCAUGCAACCCUGCUUGCUUGGAUGUCUGUGCUGUGUCUCAGGGGCAAUCACUGCAGGUUUGAAGGCAAAAAGCCAGAUCCACAAUGGGUGUAAAUCAGUGGAGCUACAUUGAUUUGCACCAGUUGAGGAUUCAUCCCUGUUCUCCACUUGGAGAGAGAGAGACAGACCUCUAGGUUCUUCCUUGCAGCUCCAUUUCAUUGCCUGUUUUCCUCCGUAUUGAUACUUUCAAAAAAAACCAACAAAUUCUCCUUUACCCAGGAGUUUCUGCCCCUUCUCCCUCUGCGCUCCAGCCGUGUACAUCCUGCUUUGCUGACUGUGUGCUUACAGCGUCAAAGGGUGGACGUGAUAUUUCAAACAUCAGAUCAGUGCGUUUAUAUAUUGGGUGCCCGGAAAUUUUUCCAAAUAAACACAGCUUGAUUCGACUUGGGUGGGCAGACUUAUCAACAGACUAAUGCUAUAAACAAAUGAAGGACAAACCCGGCGAACCAUUGGCUGGUACCAGAGAGACACGUGGAGGGAGCUUGGAGUUGUGUAGCAAUGAUAUUUUAAUUAAUGUGGGUGGGCUGAGCACACAAACGACUGUUUAUCGGAGACAAUUUAUUUUCCAGUGCUAAGUCAACAUAUAAGAGCAAACUUACAACAAUUAUUUAACAUUUUUUUUUUAAAAAAAGAGCGAUGAAGCCGGGACAGAGGGAGAACAAACUCGUCGAGGCAGGGUUGGGGUCUGAGCUCACACCAAUAGUUCCCCGGUGGACUCUUGGAGGGUUUCUUCCUUGUCCUUUCCCGUCUCUGAACUGCCAGGGGAAAGAUCCGGAGCUAAAACCACAUCCGCGAUGAGCCACAUUUUCAGCAGCCAUCUACCUCCAAUGAGCCGCCCGCUCAAUGGCUCCUCCAUGGUCUAUCUGUACGGGGCAGAUAGGGCUGGGCUGCCUGCGGCUUUAAGCUUCGCCUCCACCAGCGUGAUCUCCAGGCAGGAACCUCCCCAGAAGCCUCCUUACAGCUACAUUGCCCUCAUUGCCAUGGCCAUCAAGGAGGCUCCAGACCAGAAGGUGACACUCAACGGCAUCUACCAGUUCAUCAUGGAGCGGUUCCCUUUCUACCACGACAACAGGCAGGGCUGGCAGAAUUCCAUCCGGCACAAUCUCUCCCUCAACGACUGCUUCAUCAAGGUGCCCCGGGAGAAAGGCAGACCUGGCAAAGGCAGCUACUGGACCUUAGACCCCAGGUGCCUGGAUAUGUUUGAAAACGGGAACUACCGGCGGAGGAAAAGGAAGCCCAAAGCCUCAGGGUCCCAGGAGACGAGGAGCAAGGCAGAGGCAGAGGAGGGGAAGGACCAGCCCGCUGGCAACCGAGCUGAUGUGCAACCGAAGAGAUUCCGGGGGAGCCAGGCUGCAUCCGCAGGAGAGGAGAACCUGGAGCCAGCCUGCGCCUCUAGGGAUGCACUAGCUCCAGCAGAGGAAGGCGAGAACAAAGCGAGCUCUGUGAGAUGCAAUCGGGCAGCAGCAGAUCCUCCUCAGUCAGAGGUGCCCCCUGCCCCUUGGGACCAUCCCCAUCCAUCCAGGUGCGCAGCUCCUCAGGUCCCUGCGCCUGCCUCCAAGGAGGGAAGCAUUCCCGAGGGGGAAAGGGUGGGGAGCUCUUCGGAGGGAGAGGCGCAGGAGACGGUGCGGGCAGAGGCCAGGGCAUGUCAGCAUAUACCCAUCUCCGGUGCACGCAUGAUCUCCCCAAGUGCCAAUCAGAGCCAGGUGGGCUCUGCAGCCGGGACAGAUCAAAUGCCUCCGAAAAGCUCAGAGAAGUCCAAAAGCUUCAGUAUAGACAGCAUCUUAGCUCAUAAAACUCUCCAAAAGCCAGCCAAAGGGGACGCGCAGGCAGAGGGAGGCUGGGACCCGAGCGCCUCCAAGUUGGCUUUGGAGAGCCUGCCAGCUGGAUACAUCAGUGGGUCGCUGGCAGCGAAUGCUAAUGUCUGUCCGGCUUUCAGUGCUUCCCUGAUGCUCGAUUCCCAAGUGCAAGGUAGAUUUUAUCAGAUCGGGAUUCCCUUUCUCUCUUAUUUUCCUCUGCACUUGUCUGAGACGGUAUUUAAUUUUCAGUAACAAAAAACCCAAUGCAAUUUGAUAUCCAAUUAUACACACACGGAAUUGGAUCGUAUAUAUAUAUAUAUAUAAAUAAAACCAAGAAUUAAUUACAUGGGUUAAAUUAAUUAUAUGGGUUAAAAAUAUUAGGAUUUUAGGGCAUUUUCAACCGUUUCUUUCUCAGCAGAUUUUUUGACUGAUAUUUUUUCUUCCAAAUGUACUUUAAGGUCAUUUUUUUUACGUUGGCUGUACAAAAAAAUAUCCCAGAGGUUUUGCAUUAUGUUUGUCACAAACAGUACAGCAGCCUGAUGGUUUAUUCUUCCCAUCCAUCAUGCAUUUAAGACCUGUUUUUGUCCAACUGCUUUGCUUUCACGUUAAAAAACAACCCCCCCAUGUACCCCAAUUAAUCAUGUGUUUUUCUUGAGUGUGUGUGUGUGAUUUUGCAGUUAAUACAUAUAUUUUCCCGCACACAUAUAAACAAUUGCUGCGAUGUUGCCUAAUAAACCCCAACCUGGUCAUUUCAAUAAUUCGAAUAGAUAGAUAAAUGACAUAUAAGAUGAGCUAAACAUAAUCACAAAUGGAAUUUCCUUCUGAACAAUCCUGCUUGCUUGGAAUCAGUACUGUAUACACUUCCUGGCAUGGUUUACUGCAUAGGACUUGCGUUUUUAUUGUAUUUUGAUAGUGUCUGUGUCACUGAAGCUGUUUACAGAGAACACCAGAUUUUGAAUGACGUGGAAUGGAGAAACUGCAAAUUUGUAUAGAUGGAAUCCGAUGCUCUAAACAUAAAAGCACAUUGAUCAAAUAAUAAACGUUCAUCUUGGAGUUACCUUGUUACAAACUGGACGUCUACCAAGAACAAUCAACUAACCCCGUCCCCAUAGGUUUUUAUUUUCUCCUAGAUGCAUUAUAACAGGAGCAUUUUUUUAUUCUUUCAAUAAAUAUUGAGGCUUUCUUUGUAUAUUAGUGGGCAAAUGCCCUUUGGAAAUCUUUUAUAUUAUCAGCUUUCAUUAUGAAGCCGAACCUAUAUUCAAUAAAGUAUUUUGUUCAA